AACAGAUUGCUGCCAAGCGAAGAGGAAAAAAUAAAGAAAAAAAAAAAACAACUGGAGACGUGUCUUUAAUGCUCGCUUGCAAUUCCAUCUAUGGCUGCCUCAGCUCCAUCACACUGGGCGAACAGCUCGGGAACGUUGUUCAAAAACCCAUGGCCAUCCGCAGAGGAGGUCUCAUGGAGUGAGCUGUACGACGGAAAGUUGCCGGUUUCAUGGCAUGAUCGGAAGGCUGGAAACGAAGACAUCAGCGUCGUUAAGCCUGACUGGGGCGAUGCUGCACUUCAAGCAAUCUCUCCAUCCGAGCGAGACUCAGGACGGUAUUUGAUAGGAACUUGGCUAGGCCACGCUGGUGCACUGGCCGAAAUACCGUCUUUGAGUUCCGGAACACACGAGUCUAGGCAAGCCGCCGCCAAGGACAGUGUAUAUCUGGUUUUCGACCCCAUCUUUUCGUACCGUGCAGGGCCAACGCCAUGGACAGGUCCUGCGCGGCUCCGUCAAAGCCCUUGUGGGGCAGAGGACUUGCCCGGUUGUGAUGCAGUCUUCAUAUCGCAUAACCACUUCGAUCACCUCGACCUACCCAGCGUGACGGCACUGUUGAAGGCUUACCCCGGCACCCUCUGGUUUGUUCCUCUGGGUCUGAAGAAAUGGAUGCUUGAGACGGGUGCAGAAGACGAAAACAUCGUCGAAAAGGAUUGGUGGGAGUCGUGGACAGACACCAUCAAAGGGCAGCGCGUCAAAGUCACCAGCGUCCCGGCCCAGCAUAAUUCUGCGCGAGCAGGAUUCGACAAGAAUCAAACACUAUGGUGCGGAUGGGCGAUCGAACGCUUUGCCGGCUCGGCACGCGAAGGGGCAAUCUAUCACGCCGGCGACACCGGCUACAGGCGAUCCAAAGACUCGACAGUGACUUGCCCGGCGUUCAAAGAGAUCGGCGCCAAGUUUGGCGGCUUCGAUAUCUCCUUCAUCCCGAUCUGGCGAGGUGGCACCCUUGGUUUGAUUUCAUACUGGGGCCUGAAGUUGAACCAAAGUGCCAUCGCCAUGGUGCACCAUGCCUACCCAAAGGACGCCAUUGAGAUUCACAAGGAUGUGCGCAGCAAACAUACAAUUCCGGUGCAUUUUGGCACUUUCGUUGGAAGUGCGGAUGAGAGUCAAGAGAGCAUCCAGGAGUUCAGAGAGGCAUGUGAAGCGGCAAAGGUGACGGGAUUCGCAGACGAAGACGUUGGGAAUGGUCGUGCGGAUCUCCUCAGCAUCGGAGGAAGCGGUGUGUUCACUAUUCAGGAUCGAAUUUGAGCUUAUUGCUUCAUCCUGGAUGAAGAUACCUCCAUGGUAGUAAAGAAAUACUUCUGGUCACGACAUAAGAAUAGAAUAUCUAGUUUGAAUAGGUCAGGAGGAAGUUCUAUAUUGUCCGUGGCCGAUACUAUUGUACAAGUACAACUACUCUCGGGAGCGCCAUCGACACUCAACCGAACGAGUCAGGGCUACAUGUUGCAGACGGAAAGAAGAGAUAACCAUGGGAUAUCACGCGUGAAAGGGGGCUUGAGACUUUUAUCCACCCGAUACAAGGAACAGGAAACAUAAAACGCAAUGGAAGACCUAACCAUAACACUGUCAAAUGCCGGGGUCGAAUGUUCCCUGGAAAGCAACUCUUUCGGGCAUUAGCGGAAAAAGGAGGUCACGUCCUUGCUUCGGCGUCGAGCAGCCCUCCAGGCCUUGGCUGCCUUGCUGCCGACAGCAUCGCGUAAGACGGUGUUGGAGCUAUUAGUGCUUUCGGAGCUCCGGCGAUCGAACUUCUUCUCUUCUUCCGUCUCGUCGGCGCGAGGCAGUCCGCCCCAGCCGCUGUUGAGUGUGCGCCUCGAGCGCGCCUCCAACAAGUUCUCAGGCUGGCUUUCGAAGUAUGUGUCCACACGGGAGUUUAGUGCCUUAUUUUUCUCGCCCGCAGAAAAGACAGGGCUGCCGAGUGCUGCGUUGGAGAUACUUGUUUCGCUCCCGCUUCGAGCAAGGUUGCUUCGUUUGGAAUCCUUCCGCGCAACGUUGACGGUCGUACUCAGGCUUGGUGUGCGUGACAAAGGCGUGCUGAUGGAGCUGCUGCGAGAAUGAGGGCUACCCCCAAAGAGUAGAAACUCUCCGUUUUCAAGUGGCCAGCUGGAGCAGAACGGACAGAAGUCGCAGCGAAUUUCCCAUCCCUCGAUCGCUAAUUUUCCCGGACAAGAGUUGAGGUUGCCCCCUGGGAUACACGGCCUCAGGAGGUGGUACCAUCGGUGCUGACAUUCGUUUAGUGAGACGUUCAGCUCUGCCUUACACAUGAUGGAGGAUGCAGGCCGUGGAUGCCGGUCACUUAGUGCUUCUCGUAAAUCUGUAUCGAUCUAAGAUGCAGUCAAGAACGUUCGAUAUCAAGUAGAUAUAGAACGACGACGGCUCGUGCCGGACCUUGGGAUCACCGCUUUUUUUUCUUCUAGAAAGGGUGCUGCUGUGACGUGCUCGGGACCUCGUCCGUCCCUGUCAGCAAUCUGACUGGACAGUCUGUCCGUUGCGAAAGCACGUGGCAAAGAGAUAGGCGGUAUGUGAUUGAUGGGACGACUGCUUCCGAAGAGAAAAGCACGGUCAGCAAAGGCGAAGUCGCACAGGAUAGGCACAGGCGGAACUCUGUAGCAGAUCUUAUUAAAUGUACCGAGCCGAAACCUUGCGGGAGGAAGCGCGGUGCUGGCUAGACAGGCAAGAUGCAGGUAAGGCUGGAAUUAGUCGAGGACCGGGUACCGGGGAAGUAGGGCAGCGGUGACGUGACGGGCUGGUGUGUAAGGCAUGCGAAGUACUUUGCUCAGGAUUCGUAAUGAUAGGCGGAGAAGAACAAUCCGGAUGCGUCCUGCGUGGAGUGGCAAAGGAUAAAAGGGCAACUUCAAGCCUCUCCACAGAUCGAGGGAGCACACACAAACAAGAUAUACAGCCAGUGAAGCAACGCCACCCGGAUCGGCAGGGGCUCUAUCUGAAAUGCCGUGCAACAGCAACAACAAUGAAGCGACGGCGAAGCCUGCGAUCAAGGCUCGGCAGGCCGCGUGUAUGGGUCUGCCUAGUGAUGUUCGGGACGCUGCGGCCGGAGCAGUCAUGGUUACGUGGUCACCACCAAAGCGGCUGACGUCUAGAAAGUCAGACGUGUGGACGCUCAGCUGUGAUUGAUUUCAUGGAACUUUGACCUUGGCUUCCAUGGUCGGAAAUGGUGGAAAGCCAGCUAAGGACAGGCUGCAGCGAGCGGCCCGUUCUUCCCUUGGCCUAGCGCGUGUUCCGGUACCAAGCAGUCGGAGCUUUUGCGUGCAUCCCAUCUUGGAACUCCUUGGGUCAGAGCCUCGGGACAGGCGGUGGGAGACUGAUGAGCGAGCGGCUUCUGCUGCGUUCUUGGACGACUGCUGAAUCGCUGGAUUAUUGCUGUGGCACGGCUAUGGUGUUUGUGGAUGCGCUGCUCACCGUACACAAUCGAAGACGUGCUCUGCUG